AGGGGCCGAGGGCAUGGCCCCCGGAGGGCCGGUGCUCAGGGGCAGGCCCGGGGUUUUCAAACCGCCGCCGACCAGAUGGCGCUCGUGGCCUCCCUCUUAGGGAUCCGCGCGGCCUGGGGGGCGGUCCCGCCCCCCGGGAGUGGCCGGACGGGCCUGGAUGCGCUGCGAGAGGAAGCGCGUUUGCACGUUUAGGUCGUGAACAUGGCCUUCGCGGAGGAAAGAGACACGAGCACUCCGAGGGGCCCCUGUGUGUGACCCCAGAUAAACUUUGCAUCCGAAUCACAGGACAGGCCGGCAGCGGAGACACAGCGAUGGCCCCCUCCGGCCCCUUCCCGGGCGGCCCGCAGGGAGCAGGAGCCUGACGCGGCAGAGUUCAGAUGAGUUGGAUCGCGCUGUGAGGAGCCGCACGCAGCCCCCGAAGCCGUGAGAUGGCACCAAAGGCCAAGAAAGGAUUGAAGGGUGAGUGGAGAGACGGAACAUCGCCCGUGAACCAGAAGGAAUCCCCUCACCUUGGUCCCGAUGUAACUUACAGGCUCCAUCGAUGACGUCCUUCAGGACCUCCUGGGGGAUGAGAUGACGCUGCCGGAGAAGCCUGUCAGACUGGCGCCGCGGGCCAGAGAGAAGACACUCCCUUCCGAGAGGGCGAGGACAAAGUCCCUCCCGGAGCACAAUGCCUUCGGCACCAUGGCCGACCCCGCGGGAGCUGAGGCCGAGGUCUCCGACAUCUCAGAGGCAGACCCGCUGGCUCUGCUCCAGGCCAUGAAGGAUCUGGACGAGAUGGACGCUGACCUCUUGGGCCUGAAGAAGUCUUCUCUGGCCCCUGGCAGAGGCGCCGCCAAGGGGUCUGGGAAACAGGAGCCCAGCAGCCCCCAGCCCGCCGCUCCGGCAGCAGCCCGGGAGGAAGGCGACGCCAUACCCACCAAGAAGCCCUCCCCCUCCCCCAGCAGCUUCGGGCAUCAGUACAAGAAGUUUUCUCUCGAAGACCUGGAAGACCCACUGGCAGGCCUGCUCUCCGACGAGGACGACGGGACCGCCAAGCAGCUGCCCGGGACGGAGAGCAAAGCGGCUUCCGGAAAGAGCCCGGCAGCAGCCAGAGACCAAGGUCCCUCCAUUCCUCUCACUCCUGGGGACACCCCUGUCCGGAAGAGAGGAGAAUCGCUCUUUGACGAUGAUGAUGACCUCAUGGCUGCCCUGGGGUUCGGAGACAGCCCCAGAGGGGAGAGGAGGCAGCCAGGAGACCAGGAAGGGCCCCGCCCUGCGCGCUCCAAGCUGGAGGAGCUGCUGGGCCGAGGCGCUGCCCCCACACAGCGGGCUCGUCCGGGCACCGGGGAGCCCCUGGAGUUCAAGCUGGACAGGAGGAGCCAGAGGCCACAGGACAGAGAAGACGCCUGGGCCGAUGAGGACUUCACCUUCGGGGCCUAUCAGCCCACCGUGGGCUCCUCCGAGGGCUGGCAGUCCCGCCGGCAGCCGGGCAGCAGGUUCUUUGCAGAAGAUGGCGUAGACCGCAAGGGAGAGCCAGGCUCCAAGCAGGCCGCCCCCGCAGCAGCCAGCCCCAGCCCCCCCAGGAAGGGCGGCGCUGACUGGCUGGGCCUCAAGGACGAAGACGAGGACCUGCUCCCGCCCUCUCCCACCGCAGAGCCCCGCAGGAGAGGCCCUGCACUCCCCGCACCCUCCGGGCCCCCCCCUUCUGCCUCCGGCCCGCGCUCUGCCCCCGCUGGGCCGCCCCCCUCCUCCGGGGCACCGCCACCGCCCAAGGGUGCAGGUCCCCCGGCCACAGCCGGCCAGCCCUCCCAGCCGGGAGCGUCUGCGGAGGAGGAGGAGGAGGAGGAGGACUGGCUGAGCCACGCCUUGUCCCGGAAGAAGGCCCGCGGCCUGGCCAGAGAAGAGGGUGCUGCGGCCUCUAAGGGCCAGGUCCCGGAGCGGGCAGCGGGCCGACGCCCUCCCAGCAGGGGCUCGGACUUGGCAGGAGAAGUCUUCCGCCAGCCUGUCGCCAGCGCUCCAGGGCCCGAGCCAGUGGCUGCUGGAGGGACGGCAGGGCCAGCAGCACGAAAGCCGCCCGCCCAGCCUGCCGCCUCGGGGGCCCCCGGGACUUGGAACCCAGCCACCUUGGCCCUCGAUGCAGGCGACUCAAAGAAGGACACAGUCCCUGGAGACCUCUCCGGCACUGAGCCUGCAGUGCGUUUCCCGAGCUCCCAGGACCCCCCAGGGCCGGCGGGGCCCGUCCAGUCCCUGCUGCCGCCGCCCCUGGCGCAGAGCCUGCCGCCGGGCACAGGGUACCAGCAGCAGCUCCUGGCUGCCCAGCUGCAGCUUCAGAGUGGCACCGCCCAGCUCCAGGCCGAGCUGCUGCAGAGCCAGGCCCAGCUGGCAGACCUGGAGGCCCAGGUGCGGAAGCUGGAGCUGGAGCGGGCCCAGCACAAGCUGCUGCUGGAGACUUUGCAGCUGCGACACCAGGCCGACCUGGAGCUCAUCGAGAAUGCUCACAGAAGCCGCAUCAAGGUGCUAGAAACUUCCUACCAGCAGCGGGAAGAGCGGCUGCGGAGAGAGAACGAGGAGCUGUCCGCCCAGUACCUGUCGCACUGCCAGGAGGCCGAGCAGGCCCGGGCCGAGCUCACCGCCCAGCACCAGCGGCGCUUGGCGGCCGCCGAGCAGGAGAAGGACCAGGAGGUGGAGCGGCUGCGGCAGCUACAGCGGGCCUCCAUCCUGGAGAUGCGCAAGGACCACGAGGAGCAGCUGCAGCGGCUGAAGCAGCUGAAGGACCGGGAGAUCGAUGCCGUCACCAGUGCCACCUCCCACACGCGGUCCCUGAAUGGCGUCAUCGAGCAGAUGGAGAAGUUCUCUAGCAGCCUGAACGCACUGUCCUCCCGCGUGGAGGCCUCACACCUCACCACCGCACAGGAGCGGGAGCUGGGCCUCCGGCAGCAGGACAAGCAGCUCCGAGCACUGCAGGAGCGGCUGGGCCUGCAGCAGCGGGACAUGGAGGAGGAGCGGAGCCGGCUCCAGGAGGUCAUCGGGAAGAUGGAGGCCCGCCUGAGUGAGCAGAGCCGGCUGCUGGAGCAGGAGCGCUGGCGGGUGAGCGCUGAGCAGUCCAAGGCCGAGUCCGCGCAGCGCGCCCUGGAGGAGCAGAGGAAGGUCACGGCCCAGCAGCUGGCCAUGGAGCGGGAGGAGCUGGAGAGGGCCAAGAGCGCCUUGCUGGAGGAGCAGAAGGCCGUCAUGCACAAGUGCGGGGAGGAGCGGCGGCGCCUGGCGGCCGAGUGGGCCGAGUUCUUCGCGCAGCAGAAGCUGAGUAAAGAGCGGGCGGAGCGAGAGGCGGAGCGGGCGCUGCAGGCGGACGCCCAGCGGGAGGGCACCCUCAUCAGCCUGGCCAAGGAGCAGGCGGAGCUGAAGAUCCGGGCAAGUGAGCUCCGGGCCAAGGAGGACCAGCUGGCGGCCGAGAGGGAGGCUCUGGAGCGGGAGCGGGAGGAGCUGCGGCAGGAGAAGGAGAGGGUCCGCGCUGCUGCCCUGCGCAUCCGGCUCCGCUCCGAGGAGGUGGAGAAGAUGAGCCAGGUGGCCUCGGAGAAGUACCAGGAGGGGGAGCAGGCACUGCGGGAGGCCCGGCAGGUACAGUCGGAGCAUCAGGCCCGGCUGCAGCUGGUGCGGCAGCAGGUGGAGCGGCUGCAGCAGCAGGAGCAGCACAUGCAGCAGGAGCACCUGAGUCUGGCCCAGCAGAGGCUGCAGCUGGACCACGUUCGGCAGGACCUGCCCUUCGGCCCCAUGGGGCCACUUGCCCAGGCCCCAGGCCUGGUAGCGUCCGGCACGAGUGCCUUUUCAGCCAUCGUGGCUCCCGCUCCCGCCAAUCCUCAGGGCCCCCAGCCCCCAGCCACCCUGGGCUCCUCGCUUCUCCACGCCAAGCUGGUGCUGAUGAAACACUCAGCUGAGCAGGACCGAGACUUCCUGGAAAAUGAGGAGUUCUUCCUGGAGACCCUGAAGCAAGCCUCCUACAAUAUGACAUCCCACCCAGCCUGAAGGCCCUGGCACUCUGUCCUAGUGCCCCUGCUUCCAGCUCCAGGGAGGGGGUGCCGGGAAGGCUCUGAGAUGCCCAGGGCCUGAUAACAGCUCUUCAAGUAGCCAGGGUACAAGGGCAUCCGACCACGCCAGCUGCAGCUGAGGAGGCAGGUGCCCCCGGCCCCGGGUUUGCUGAGUGUCUCUGCCCCCAGAUGCUGUCAGCUUCAGCUUUGGUCCUCUGGACCCCUCCCCUCGUCAGCAGGCAGGCGGCUGAGGGGUCUUUUCACCUGGGCCUCUUCUGAGACGGGGUCUUCUCCAGGGAGCAGCCUCCUGCCCUCCCGCCUGAGGCCAGCAGAGACCUCACAGGGCCCUUCCCUAAUCGGAUGUGGAGUCGGACCACGUGUUUUGAGGGCCUCUGUCCUGCUGCCCAGGGGUGGGGGUGCAGGGGCAGGAGAGAGGUGGGAAUCGCAAUUACUUAUAAAUUACUUGGAAAGAACGUGUCCUGGUGAGCACGGAGGCAGCGGGGCGAGCGGAGUGGCCCUGAGCAGGCAGUUCGUGUGUGUGUCGCAGACUGCUUUCCGGGGGGAGCUUAUUUACCAACAAUCUACAGCCUUCAUCUUGGACCCAUUAAAUUGCUAUAUGUUUUGUAAUCCA